AUGGUAAGGAGCAACGUGGAUACCGCGCGUGCUCAAUCGCCCUCUUCGGCUGCCUUGACAAACGCUUCUGCACGAGAGCAAGACGGCGCUCGCCAGCACAUGGUCGCGAACGGAAAGCGGAGCGAAAAGGCACCUUCAAAUCGAGACGACGCAGAUGCUGGGUCGCCGGAAGCGAAGAAGCAGAAGACAAACGAAAGCUAUGCUAGAACAGUGCAUGAUCAAGGGGGCGAUGACGAGACUUUGUCGUCAACGUGUCACGCACCAAACGCUUUGUGGUCAGAGCCGAGUCAAGCACACGCGCCACAACCACCGUUAACGUCAGCAUCGUCAGCAUCUUCAGCAUCGUCAUCGCAACAGACAACAGAACAGCCGUAUGAGCGAGCACCAACAUGGGCAGCACUGCGUCGCUCGAAUCACCCCGCCAUCGCGCCUUCACGCUCGAUAUACAGCUACGAGCGACUGAACCACAUCCAAGAGGGAACGUACGGCGUCGUGUUUCGUGCACGGCCUCGUGCACCUCUGCCUGCCUCCAAUACUUCACACAAACUAGCUUCAUCAUCCUCUGCCGCUUCCAAUCCAACGCACAGCGACGACUCGUCGUCUACAGUCGCGCCACUCCAAGUAGCAGUGAAACGCCUCAAACUUCCGCCCGGCGGUCUCUCCCCCUCUGGUUUCCCCAUCACCUCGCUACGCGAAAUCCAGACACUUGCACUCUCGCGCAACAACCCAUUCGUCAUUUCGCUUCGUGAGGUGUGCGUCGGAAAAACACUGGAUCAGAUCUUCCUUAUCCUGGAAUUCAUGGAACACGACCUCAAGACGUUGCUCACCUCCCUACACAAAUCGCGCUCCGCAUUUGCGCCGAGCGAAGUCAAGACGCUGAUGCAUCAGCUCUUAAGCGGUGUAGCAGGUCUACACGAGGGAUGGGUGGUGCAUCGUGAUCUCAAGAGCAGCAAUCUGUUGAUGGACAACCGUGGCCGGUUGAAGCUGGGCGAUUUCGGGCUGGCCAGGAGAUUUGGUGAUCCGAUCGACGCUUGGGUUCCGAGAACGCAGCCGAUCUCGAGAGGUGCAUCAGAUUCGAAAGCGGACAAUGAGAAAGAGAGGCUUGAAAGUGGCGAGCAAAUAGGAGGCAUGACGGAUCUGGUGUGUACAUUGUGGUAUCGUGCACCGGAACUCAUCAUGUUGAACAUCAUUCACCAAGCGCGAGAAACUUGGAAGGACAACGUUCGCGCGCCAAGCUCCGCAAGCAGCAGCAGCCUGUUCAAACUCCAUUCGAAACCCUACGCACUACGCGAGCCAUUGCCGCUAUACGAUGCCAAGAUCGAUAUGUGGAGCAUUGGAUGCAUCUUUGCAGAGUUACUGCUCGCCAAUCAGACCGGUUCGGUGUUGUUCCAAGGAAAAGACGAGCCCGACCAAUUGCGCAAGAUCGAGCAAGUACUGGGAAAACCAAAUACGACCAUCUGGCCCGACAUCCUGCUCUGGCAAGGUCUACCUCAUCUUCAUCGACCGUCUGCAAAAGCUUCCGCUGCGGCCGUGCAGCAAGAACAGGAUCGGAUCAAAGCCAAUCUGCAGACCGCAUUCACUUCGAAGCUUACUCCCGCAACCCUCGACCUGCUCUUCCAGCUGUUACACUGGGACCCAUCCCAGAGAAUCUCGGCGAGGGAUGCGUUGAAGCACAAGUAUUUUACCGACGAAAACCCAAAGAUGGCGCAUCCAGACUCGUUUGGCAGUUUUCCCAGCGUAAAUGCGGGCGAAAGAGUGCUGUAUAAUACCCUGAGUGCGCCGAAUAAACAUGCGGCAGAGGCGACCAAGACGACGUCGACCGCAGCGGGACCAGGUGCACGGACGAGCAAGGGAAAGCAGUAUACGAUGGAGUUCGACUUCACAACUUGA